AUAAAAACAGUAAGCAAAGCAGAAGACAAAAUGCAAAAACAAUUUGUAUACCAUUACUAAAAUAACAAAGAAAAAUCGGCGAAAUACAAAAAAAAAAAAGAUUGUGAAAAAAUUUCACUACAGAACUACGACAGCAGCGAUAAGCUAGUCCAGAUUACAGCGGGCAAACCGAAGUAGAGUUGUGGAAGACAAUCACAAUAGCAAACGCACAAAAGACAAAAAACUAAGGAAAAUUAUACGGGGCAAUGGUCAUGAAGGAAAGUUGAAAAUAUCAAAACGCAUUUAUCUUUUAUAAACGGUGAAUCACAGCAGCCCAUAACUAUCUCCACAGAGUAAAAAUAUUAAUUAAGUGGACUGUGUGGCAAGUGUUAAAAUGCCUGAAAAUAUACGAACAACUACCCGCAGCUCAUUGAAUGGAGUGGGUUUCAUAUUCAUCUUCAAUUUGAUAGUGGGCACUGGUGCCCUUACUUUGCCCGGUGUUUUUGCUAAAGCUGGCUGGUUUCUCUCCCUGAUUAUAAUAAUUUUAUUGGCCAUUAUAUCCUAUAUAACGGUGACUUUCAUCAUUGAAGCCAUGGCCGCCGCCAAUGCAGUGAAAACGUGGCAAAAUUUACAGGUUCUUAAACGUAGUUACGAUUUUGAUUCCCGCGAAGAUUUGCCCUCAGCAUCGGCUUCCGUAGAUGAAGCUGAUUUUGAUACAGAUGAUCCCUCGGCCUCGUUAUUACCACCCAGUCAUGAUGCUAGCGCACGUCUGGAACGUAUGCCUCUCUAUGCUCAUGGCUCCACUUUGGUCUACUAUAAACUAGAUGACAAAUUUGAAUUGGGUGAAAUGGCUACUUUGUUUUUCAAUGAUUUCGGUCGAGUAUUCUUCUAUCUUUGCAUUUCUAUUUAUCUGUAUGGUGAUUUGAGCAUUUAUUCAGCUGCUGUUGCCAAAAGUUUGCGUGAUUUGUUUUGUGAUCAUCAAAAUCCAAACAAUUUCACCGAUCAUGAUCUCAGUAUUGAUGCAUUAAAUUUGAUUGGGUCCAGUAAUGACACCGACGAUGCCGUACAACAAUGUUGGAAAACUCAUAAUCUUACACGUCUUGAUGUGUAUCGCUUAUUUCUGGUUGGAUUCACUGUCAUCUUUGGACCAUUUGUUGCAUUUAGUGUACAAAAAACAAAAUAUUUACAAAUUAUCACCGUCAUCUUUAGAUGGUGUGCUUUUAUAUUCAUGAUCUCCAUUGCAUUGAAAUUGCUUAUAACAGAAGGUGCCAAAGGUCAUCCCGUAUCAAUGAAUAUUUAUGGUGUACCCGCUUUAUUUGGUGCUUGUGUUUAUUCGUUUAUGUGCCAUCAUUCGUUGCCCAGUCUGCUGGCGCCCAUACGUGAUAAACUGGCCGUUCGUCGUAUAUUGUGUGCUGAUUAUAUAGUGAUAUGUUUGUUUUACAUACUGCUGGCCAUGACUGGUAUCUUUGCAUUUGAACGUUUGCAAGAUUUGUAUACAUUGAAUUUUAUACCAGACCAAACAGAUGACCAUAGUUUUAAGGCCGAACUCCUGGUGGUGAUAGAUUACUUUUUGGCUUUGUUUCCCGUGUUUACAUUGUCGGCCAGUUUCCCCAUUAUAGCCAUAACAUUGCGUAAUAAUUUGCAAACUUUAUUCUUAGAUAUGACACGUUUUGAGUCAUAUAAUUUCUUUGUAAGACGCAUUUCAUUUCCUCUAAUGGCGAUAGUGCCACCAUUUGCCAUCACUUACUUUACGGAGAAUUUAACCAGUCUAGUGGCCUUUACGGGCAGUUAUGCAGGUGCCGGUAUACAAUAUAUAAUACCCAUUGCUUUGGUAUAUUAUGCACGCAAUACUUGUCGUGAACUGUUGGGCAGUGGUGUGGUCAAUGAUUACCAAAGUCCUUUUCGCAGUAUAUACUGGUUGGCUUUUGUUUUAAUGUGGGCUUUGGGUUGCAUUAGUCUGGUUACUUUGAAUUUCUUUUUAGAUACUAAGUCUUAAAGUUUUUUUCAUUUUCUAUGCUCUCUUUUAACUAAUGUUAAGUAAGUCUUCCUUUAUUUAAGGUUUUUUAAACCUUUUUAGAAAAAAAAGUUACAAAAAAAAUGUUUUAUCUUCAAAAUAUUUUUAAAAACUGUUCGUUCAUGUGCUCAAUUAAAGAAAGAAUUAAAAAAUUAAA